AUGACAACACAUGACGAUAAUUCUCCAAGACGAAAAUCUCGACAAGGACAAGACAAUGGACUUUCACUUACAGCAGGAGAUGCAUUGAACCAUGACCACGGUACCCCUCCUAUCAUGAUGCAUCAUCGACCGAGUCUACUUGCUCCAUCAACCUUGCGGCAGGUUACGCGAGUGUCAAAGCGAGCCGCUUUGGCUACGAAAAAGCAGAUAUGGGACUCCAAUGACGCGUCAAUCGUUGCUGCUCAAAGUGCUGUUGAUCAAUGGGAACAGUUGUACAACGCGUUGCGUGGCCUGUUAAACGUGACGGGUGCGUCUGCUGGUGGAUUAUAUGGUGCUGCCAAGGCUGGAGCUAAUGGUCUGGAACACGGAUUAUUGGUUCCCGUCAGAGACUGGGUUCUCCUCCCUGCCUUUGGUGGUGUUGAGCAUAUUGCAGUUGAAACCAUAGGAUUUCUUCAGUCAGAACAAUGUCGAGCGUUGGAACGAGCUGGACUUGGUGUGAUUCAACAAGUUCCAUACGUAGGAGACAACAUUCUUGCACCGGCCGUAUGUAAAGGAGCUGAAAUUCUGAAGCAGUCCUGGAAAAUUGCUCAGUAUCCCAUUCCUUCACCAUCUCAAGUACGGGAUUCUGUUGAGUUUGUCAUGACGGGCACCAAAUGGUGUUUGUCAAAGAGUAGCCAGGAAAUCAUGCUGUAUGCGAAGCGAGCAGAUGCGAAUAUUACACGUACCAUCAGUCACACUCAAUGGAAAGUAUUGGGGUCGGGCCCAUACGCCACACUCAACAAACUGAACAAGUCAGAAGUCUUGGACCAUAUAUGUGAGCGGUACUUUUCCUUGGAUGGUAUAGUGGCCAGGUAUGAGCUAGCAGCUCACAUUCGAACGUACAAUCGACAUUUAUAUCAUGAUCUUGUACUGACGGGACUGUUACGCGAACGAGGAGGUCAACUCACAAUAGAUGAUGAAUGGCUGUCAUCCUCACCAAAGUAUCGAGAAUCGGAAUGCUCCUUUCUUCUACAACGCAAUGACGACGACGACGACGAGAAGAGCGUGGAUAAGACACUGUUCCCUGAGGUCAUCCCUCUCUGGUUUCGGUUGCCGAAUUAUAAUGGACAAAGACCAAGCAAAGAUACUCCUUGGAAACAAUUUAGCCAAAAGGAAGGAAGUCUUCUCGAAGAGUUCUUUCUUUCGUCUUUAGAAAAGAUGAAAGGCAAUGAGGACAAAAUAAAGCUCAUCGAAUUUGCAAAAAAUCAUAACGCAGAAAUAAAUGAUGAAACGAGACCAGCGAGUACCAAAUACAAGACACAAGCGCACUGGUACGACGUAGACGUGGAAAAUGACCUUCUCUUGGAUCAGAAACGAUAUGCCGUAUCCGCAUUUCCUUGCCACCGUGAGCCAGGGGUGAGUGAUGCCUUGGAGCUACCGCCUCCUUUGACGUUCCUUAUGCGCCCAACACUCUGGCGCUUUCAUGGUCUUGGUGAUGAGGUCCGUCGAGCAGUUUGGUUCUUGGACACAAAGAGACACGGCUUGCAACCUUACGGGGAAGGUGCUCAAGCUGUUUUGGAGGAUGCCUACAUGUUUCUGAAAUGGACCACCAAACAACCCAAGGAAGAUGGUGGAAUCGUACUCACAGUAGAAGUCCCCAGUCCGGACGAAUCCGAAUAUCAGUUGGUACAGUUCUCAUCACUGACUUCAGCAACUGCCAUUGGCAAGGGCCUGAAAGGAGCCAUGUCUCUUUUCAAACGACGUGUUUACCGCGGUGCGUACCAAGAAGUUAACAGUGAUUUCGAGGAUGACGUUGCAGAGGAUACUGGUUUGCUCGAAAACGCUACAAAUGCGAUGGAUGACUACGAUCCGGACUUGCUGAUGUUACCUGAUAUUGAGGAAGAUGAAGCCGAGCAAGAGCAAGAUCAAGUGUUCGUUUUCCAGGAUUGUAUACCGGACCCAAGCUUUUUGAGACCUGACUUCGAAUCCAAACAGAAGAAGGGCAAACGCGAAUCAGUAGAUAAAGCUCAGCUCGAGGGUGAAAACGAUAUAUCAGAUGAAACAGUAUAUGAAUCAGCAUCGCUUGCUUUUCCACUAGAAGACCUGAACGCGAGAGCGGAAGACAGCUCAAAUGCCAUGCAAGACGAGGGACCAAUCGAACAUCUAGUUUUGGUUGUUCAUGGAAUCGGUGAAAUGAUGAUCAACGUUGAUAUUUUUGGCUUGUCGAAGAUGCCCACAAUUGUUGACUGCUGUGACUUUCUACGCCACAAUCAUGCUGAAGUCCUUAAUACAAGGUAUUCUCGUCGCGGUCGCGUUGAAUACCUCCCAAUCGAAUGGCACGAGGCGUUCUCUAUCGAAACCAAACGGAGAUCACUCGGACCUGGUUUGACGGAACAGACAGAAUCAAUUUUCACAAUCAAUGAUGUUGCUCUUCCAACUAUUCCACAACUACGUCAAUUUGCCAAUGAUACUCUCAUGGAUGUCCUAUACUUCAUGUCACCAGAACAUCACGACAUUAUCAUAGACAUUGUUGUCAACGAGAUGAAUUUUGUUGUUGAAAGAUUUAAGAGACUUACAGGAUUUACUGGCGACACCUCAGUGGUUGGUCAUUCACUAGGAAGCAUCAUCACAUGGGAUAUUCUUGAAAACCAGAGGGUCACCAAUGCAAAUGCACCUGGUGAUAGGCUUGCGCAAAUGUUGCACAAUGUUCCUGAGCGUACCAUAUCUCCAUCCCAGGUACAUUCUGGAUCUAGUGCGACGGAUUGUGCUCUCAAGAACGAUCCUGAGUCAGUCUCUCCACUUGUCGAAGAUACGGAACAACGACUAUCGAAUUAUCCACAGUUAUCAUUUAGUGUGGAUAAUGCCUUCAUGCUUGGAUCACCAAUUGCUGUGUUCCUCAUGAUUCGAAAUCCUCGAAAACCACUUUCUUCUGACUACACAUUAGGUGGAUGUUCGCAGAUCUUCAAUAUAUUUCAUCCUUACGACCCUGUUGCCUAUAGGAUUGAGCCACUCUUGGACUCGAGAAAUGCGGAGAUCGAACCGAGGAUAAUGUCUCACUGGCACGGAGGUUAUCGUUUCCAAUAUCAAACGAAGCGAUUGUGGAGGAGGAUUGUCAGCGAAACCCUUAAAACACAAGAGACCGUAUUGGAAGGUCUUGAAUCGGGCUUUGCGGCACUUGGUCUUCUUCAUGUUUCUAAUGAUGACUCCGAUGAGGAAGAAGAGAUUGACGCUGUCUAUCACGACGACCCACAGGUUGAAAUGGGAUCCCUCAAUCGCGGUCAACGGAUUGAUCACAUGCUUCAAGAAAAGGAGAUCGAAAGCGCUAACGAAUACGUUGCAGCUCUUGCGGCGCAUUCCAGUUACUGGGUGGAAAAGGACUUAAGCCUCUUCAUCGCACACCAGAUUUGUCUUCGCUCUCUUGAAUGUGAAACAUGUGACGACAUUGCGUUUGCAAAGGAUGAAACAGGGUAA